CAUCAAGCUGCAGAACUAAAAUCAAAAUCUGUAGUUGACCUCAAUGCGACUAGUAUCACUGCCGAAACAGAACGCAAAUAAGCUUUAUUUUGAAAGUUUGUGGAGGAAGUUGACGCCACAUCAGUUUCCGGUUUGAGGUCGCAGCUGCACAGGAUGUCUCACACCGCUUUGGAUAAAUCACCUAAUGUGUCGAAGGUGUGGAUUGCCCUCAAACAACUCGAUAAAGACGAUGACAGAGUAGUGGCUCUUCGAGAGGUGGCUGUUCCUCCGGAUGCCCAUUUCUCCCAGGUGGCACAGAUUAUUGUGUCAACCUUUGCCCUGGAUUCCCACAACAUUGUCUUGAAGUUAAGGAACCAGCGUGGCUGCCUCAUUCCUCUGAAUGGUUCAAUCCCUGCCAACAGCAAGCGCAUGCCUCAUCUUCUGGAGGUGGUCAGGAUCUUUCAGCAUGUGCGGCCAAUUCCUAAAACGAUUCCCAUGACUGUGAUCAACAAGAGCAUGAAGGCCAGACUGCAGAGCAUCGACCGCAGGCUUGAGAGACUAGAAGAUCUCCUGCCACAGAUAAAGGUGCGACAUAAUGAAAAGCUAAGUCAGGAUAUCGAAUGUUUGGACCAGAAGUUGAAGUUUCUGCAUCAGAGAAUGCAGGUGGCGGACUCUCACAGCUGGAAGGGAAUGCUAACCAGAGCGCCGCUGUGGUAAAUCAAAGCCUUCAAAGUCCACAGGCUUUUAGUUCUUGUAGUUGAACUCACCUUUAUACGUUUUGUCUUCACUUUUACAUUUAGCCACAACUGGCUUUGCUUCAAG